CAGGAAGUUGCCAAGAUGGUGAUCUUCAGUGUGUAUGUGGUGAACAAGGCUGGAGGUUUAAUUUACCAAUACGAUAAUUAUGUCCCGCGAGCGGAGGGCGAGAAGACGUUCAGCUACCCUCUGGACUUUGUGCUCAAGCAUCACGACGAAAAGGUCGUCGUGUCUUUCGGACAGCGGGACGGAAUCCGAGUGGGCCACGCAGUGCUGUCCAUCAAUGGGGCCGAUGUGAUCGGCAAGAACACAGCAGAUGGGAAGGACACCAUGGAAUAUUUAAAGGAUCCCGCAAACUAUCCGGUGUCUAUUCGCUUCGGGCGGGCACGCCUGAGCUCCAACGAGAAGCUGAUGCUGGCAUCCAUGUUCCACUCGUUGUUUGCUAUAGGUUCACAGCUGUCUCCUGACGUUGGCAGUUCAGGGAUUGAGAUGUUGGAAACGGAUGUCUUCAAACUCCACUGCUUCCAGACUCUCACAGGGAUAAAGUUUAUCGUGUUGGUGGACCCUCGGCAAUCUGGUAUUGAUGCGCUAUUGAGGAAGAUUUAUGAGAUCUAUUCAGAUUUUGCGCUCAAGAACCCGUUUUAUUCUCUGGAAAUGCCGAUCAGGUGUGAACUCUUUGACCAGCAUCUGAAAGGUGCACUGGAGAUCGCAGAGAAAGCGGGGAACUUUGGAGCCGGACCUUGAACCAGAGAAGACUAGAUAUAAUGUGCGAUUAUUUCCAACCACAACACGGUCACUGACUUCAUAUGGACCCCCCAAAAAAAGUGGAUUUUCUGUUUUUUUUCCCAAGUUGGUAUCGGACUGUCAGUUAACACAUUGUAAAUACAUUGUUCUGUAAAUACUUGAAGAUGAAUUACAUACUGUUUCACAUA